AUGACCACCCUCCUACCGGACUCUUUUCAUGUGGGAUCUGUCGGUGCGCAGGCAGAUUCAACCAGGCCGACGUUUCCGGCUCACUCGUUUGGAACCUGCGAUCGGGACAGCGCCAGGAUGAAAGUCUUCAUGUCUAGAAAAUUGGAGAAGUCCAAGGCAACGAUCAAUUCCCCGGGUCCAGUCUACGACGUACCCUCCGCGGUCGGAGCAGCGCCCAGCUUCUCUUUCGGAACAGACGUGCAGCGGAAGCACGCGCCCAAGAAGUACCCGGAUUCAACCGUGGACCUGACAUGUGCCACCGUGGACGCACAGAAGGUUAAGUUUUCCACGACUCCGGGCUGCCACUUUGGCACAGAGGAGAAGCUCAGCCUCAAGAAUGCGGACAUCAUCCGCACGCAUGCGGGCCUAGCGCUUGGCGCGGAGUCUCCAGGUGCCUUGGAGUAUCAUGUCAAGGAGGUGGCAAAAAGGAUGCCUGCCUAUUCUUUCGGGCCCACGCAGUCGAUGACGCCGCGGAAGCCAGAAACGAGGGUCCAGCUCUUACAGACGAGCACACCAGCACGCGUUGGUCCCGGCUCCCACCCGAAGCCCUCCAGUCUCGGCCAGCAGCCGAUGUCGCCGCGUAAAAAUGCGCCGGCCUGGACGAUGUCAGGCCGCAGCCCUCGGGAGAAGACGCAGACGGAGGCCCUCGCGAUUGAGGACAAAGUCUUCAGCUCCAUCGGAAAGCAGGUGCUUUCCACGAUCCGAUCUCCUCCUUCCGUGGCUGCCACAAAGUCGACACGCGACCAAGUCAGCAGGACUGCGAUGUAUGUGUCCGAGACUGACAAGACGAGCAUCGCACGAGGCGUUCUGCCACCUCUGGAUUCCAUACUUGUCAUCGUGAACUGCAACAACCUUGCUUCCCAAGUUGUCGUGAUUCUCUCGCACUCCGCCAAAGUGGCUGCGGGACCCGCCCUGCAAUUGCCCAGUCAGUCUGGUCCCAGUUCCGAUGGCGCUGACGAAGCGGCAAGUGCGCUCGGACCGGCGCCCCAGACCGUUCUGCUCGGCGUGCAGGCUCGGAUCUCCGCCUUGGAGCUGGAAGGCAUCGUCCCGGUGGAAACCCUGGCCCCUCUGAAAAGCCAGCUGACCGAUGCCUUGGCCAUAUGUCCUGCUGGCCCCAUAGUCGGUGCGGAGGCUGCUGAGGCUGUGCGGCGCGUGGCAGAGCAUUGCGUUGCCCUUGCAGCGGAGGCGGGUCUCACGUCAGUCGGGGUAGCCGAGCUACUUGCGGAGGGCCUCAGCUCGGCCGCGAGCCUUCUGUCCGCACCUGGCUCUGGCGUCGAGGUGAUGGCAGUCCUGGAGCCUUUGGGGGAAGCAUUGGACAGCUUCGCUGUGCAAAUCCUGGCCAACCUCUGGCGCCUCGACGGGCCAGUGCAGCCGGAAUGGAGCAUGGAGCGCCAGGGCAAGCCGGGAGUCCUUUGCUUCGCGGACACCACGCAGCCCUUCUGCAAGCAUGCCUUGGACCUCCGGCUUUACCAGGCAUUGCAGGCCGUGUGCGUCUGGACGCUGGCCCUGCUCCUCCGCGCCUUUGGACCGGGUGCGAGGGCCCAAAAUCUCUGGGAGUUCUGCAACGCAGACGCCCUGUGCGCCGUGGUCUUUGUGAAGGGAGCCCUGAGUUUCCAGCGCGGUCAGCGUGAGACUUCGUGCGUGCGGAUCCCACAUGACCUGCCGGCGCUGCAAGCGGCGAUCCUCUCCAGUGCCCUGGGCCUCGGCAAUCCUGGCCUCGUGUUUGUGGAAGCAGAUGGCGAUGUCGGAAUCGCAGAGCGAGAGGAGCAGCUGCUCAGUCACUGUGCUCUCCUGGCAGCUGUGGCCUCUGAAAACGAGCUGCUGGAUUGCCUCUUGUCCUUUGACUGGGCCAAAGCCGACCUGCAGCUGGUGCCCGCGCUGGCCGCGCACCUGGCAGUGAUGGCUCGCUCGACGCAACUCCCCUACCCACAUCUGGAAGAUGCUGCCAGCAACUAUCUGCGCCACCUGAAGUUCAGGUCGUUGAUUGUCUGGGACAUCUUGCUUUUGGAGACGUCGCCCGGGCGCGGGUUCCUGCGUGACUGCUCCCAGCUGGCCUUCCACGUGCCCCCUAGCCGAGACUCUGCUGAGCUGUUGGCUUCCAGAGCCAGCGCCGAUCCCCCCGCCGUGGCCUUCGCCUGUGCCUUGCUGGCCAACGCGGGCGUCGGGCCAACUGAACCGUCUGGGUGCGACCUCGUCCGCAGCCUCAGUGCUGCCAUGCGAAAACAGGCCAGGGGCCAGCUGGAGAAGGUCUACUGGUGGAGACAGGAGCAGGCGGCGGAAUGGCUGGCUCUCUUCGGCCUGGAAAGUGAGGAGCCCAAAGCCGAGCUGAGAGCUGCACCUGCGCCUGGCGAUCGCAGGGUGCACGCGCCUUCGACUUCCGGGCUUCGAGACCUCAUGUCAGACGUCCCGAAGGAGUUUCGCUGUGCCCUGGAUGGCAGGCUGCUGGUGGACCCCGUCCGAGCGCCGGGCGGCCAAGUCUACGAGCGCUCCGUGUUGGCCAAAGCCCUCGCAGAAGGAGACCCUCGCACCCUUGUUGAUGGCCCCUACGCCCUGCAAGACUGCCAAAGAGAUGCAGGCUUGCGAGCACGGAUCGUCGACUGGGUUCGCAAGACGCAUUCCCACAGCAAGGAGAAAUCUCAGGUUCUGCGCGCGAGUGCCUUGAGCCCUCUGAGUCCAAAGCACAAGUCAGAAACAAACACAACCCGAGACAGGAAACGGGUCGAGCCGCGUCGGGAAAUGCAAGCAGUCGAGUCAGAAAUUCCAGGCCGAGUUUAG